GUCCCAGCUCACCCUCAGCAGCGCACUGUGUUUGACUUUUACACGCGCGCUGCUCCACCACAGAAGAUUAACCAAAGCGCAUGGAGAACAAAUAAAAGAAGCUGCGCGUUUCUUCUGCUGACGGGACUGAGAGGAGACGUGGCGAGCAGAGAGAGCAACUGUGAGGACUCUGUGGAAACUCUACUCCGCCGUGGGACCAGUGCUGUCAGCGUGGUAACUCUUAGAUGGAGAAGCCCUCUCUAAACGGCGAGGAGCGGGCAUGGCUGGGGCAGAGCCAGUCUCAGGCUCAGCUGACCAGCACAGACGAUGCAGAGGGAGGGGAGACCGGCUCAGGAGACCGCCCCGCCUGGGACUCCAAGCUCCAGUAUGUCCUGGCCCAAGUAGGCUUCAGCGUGGGCCUGGGCAACGUCUGGAGGUUCCCCUAUCUCUGUCACCAGAACGGAGGAGGAGCCUUCAUGCUGCUGUACGUUUUCCUUUUGGUCAUCGUGGGGGUGCCUCUGUUUUUCAUGGAGCUAGCGGCUGGUCAGAGCAUCCGGCAGGGCAGCAUCGGCGUUUGGAAGCACAUCUCACCCAAACUGGUCGGCAUUGGAUAUUCCAGUUGCAUGGUUUGUUUCUACGUGGCUCUAUAUUACAACGUCAUUAUCGCCUGGAGCUUGUUCUACCUCGGUAAUUCAUUCCAAUAUCCUCUGCCCUGGCACCAGUGUCCCGUAGACGUCCACACCAAUGAAACAGUUAAAGAAUGUGCCAAAAGUUCACCCACGUCGUACUUCUGGUUUCGGAAAGCCCUAAACAUCACAAAUUCUAUAGAUGAGUCUGGAGAAUUCAAUCUGAUCAUGACGGGUUGUUUGCUAGCUGCCUGGGCUAUCGUGUCACUGGCGAUGAUUAAAGGCAUUAAGUCGUCUGCGAGGGUGAUGUACUUUUCCUCCGUCUUCCCCUACGUGGUGCUCUUCAUAUUUCUGAUCAGAGGGUUAAUGCUGGACGGAGCCAUGGACGGAAUCACCUACAUGUUUUAUCCAAAAUUGGAGAUCUGGGGGAACGUGCAGGUUUGGCGUCAGGCUGCCACACAGGUCUUCUUUGCCCUGGGCCUGGGGUACGGCUCCGUCAUCGCUUACUCCUCCUACAACCCCGUCAACAACAACUGCCACAGGGACGCACUCAUGGUCUCCUGCAUCAACUUCAUGACCUCAGUCCUGGCUUCGCUCGUGGUUUUCGUCGUGCUCGGGUUCCGUGCCAAGACGAUAGCGCAGAGUUGUGUGGCGAGUAAUCUUGGGCAGCUGAACAUAAUGGCGACAGAGAGCUCCACGCAGCACUGGUGGCCUUGGUUCAACAUCACAGAGCCCAGCGCUGUGGCCAUAGAUGACUACAGGGAGUGGUACAGGCACUACAGCAGCAUGGUGGGCCCCAACAUCAGCGACUGCAGUCUGGAGGAGGAGAUGAACAAGGGUGUGGAGGGCACCGGCUUGGCGUUCAUAGCGUUUACUGAGGUCAUGGCUCUUUUCCCGGGCAGUCCCUUCUGGUCCACCCUGUUCUUCCUCAUGCUGUUAAACCUGGGCCUGAGCACCAUGUUUGGGACCAUGCAGGGCAUCCUCACCCCCCUCAUGGACAACUUCAGCCUGCUGGGACGCCACCGCACUCUGCUCACGGUGUCCAGCUGCGUUUUGGGCUUCAUCAUUGGACUGCUGUUUACCCAGAGAUCUGGAAACUACUUUGUCACCAUGUUUGAUGACUACUCUGCCACUCUGCCACUGAUUAUUGUGGUCAUCUUUGAAACCAUCAGUGUGUCCUGGGUUUAUGGCACAGACCGCUUUAUGGAUGACAUUGAAGUUAUGCUCAAAUGGCGCCCUCCAGUGAUCUACAAGUAUCUGUGGAAAUAUGUGUGUGUUCUGGCCAUGGGAGGUCUUCUGGCUGCUAGUUUCCUGCGCAUGGUCUUCAAAGGGCCCACAUACACAUCCUGGAAUCAAGAAACGGCCUCUGAGAAGACCCUGGAGUACCCGGGCUGGGGCAUGGCUAUGAUCGUGAUGCUCAUAGUUUUUGCCAGUCUGCCUGUUCCCAUCGCCUACAUCCACUAUAUGGUACAGAGCCGUAGGAUUCGCAGCAUAAACUCAGAGGAGAGGGACAGUCCGGACAUGCAGAGGGAGCUGUACACCAAGUGUAACUCUGUGGAACAGCUCGACUUCAACCAUCAAGGCCGUGCUCAAGAACCAGACAGCCCCAGGGUGGGCCCCAUAUUCUUACCAGGGGGCCAUGAACUGUACCGGCUGCUGCCCCAGCAGGAGGAUGAUGAGGAACAGGACACAGGGGUGUGAGCCCUGCUUAACAGUGCACAAUACUGUUUACUGCCAUACAGUUGGACUGUACAUUAUGUAUCAUAUCUCAUUCUACCUCAGUUUUGUAUUGCUUAUUAUACUCUGAAAUGUGCAAAAGAAAUGCAACACUGCAAUCAAGAAAAAAGCACAAAUCUUGGUUUAAAAGAUUGUUUUUGUUCUCUAUAUCUAGUAGCAAGUGCCUGUGCCAUUUAAAUGCAGCUACCAAAGUCCAAAGGCUUUACAGUGCCUAUUUGAAGCUAAACAUGUACAGUUUUGUGUGGAAACAUUCUACCUGCAGUGAGGAGGGGUCUGUCCCACAGUGGAGUCUUGUACACAUGUUUUUGAUUAAGUGUUUAUUUGUAAAUGUUUUGAAGAUAAAGGUGACAAACACCUUUUUGUACGCUUACAUUUGUAUUAGUUUGCCUAAUUGGCAAAACACAAAGUUGCA